AUGGCUCUUUAUCAAGAAAAAAUUUUUAAGAAUGAUUACGAAGGAGAAAAGUUUGUUUAUCCAACAACAUUUGUAGCUCUUCAAUGUUUGGUUUACUUUGUUACCGCAAAAGCUUGUAAACCAAUUCCUGUGAUGCUAUUCGCUGUUUUGAUAGUAAAAAAGUCUUACACUAUUCAGAAAUAUUUCUUUGUUUUGAUGAUCGUUUUUGGAGUUGGUCUAUUUAUAUACAAGGACGGUGUAAAUUCAUCACAAGAAACAUUAUGGGGAUAUAUGCUUAUAUUGAUAAGUCUGUUAUUUGACGGUUGUCUCGGUGCAGCUCAAGAUAAAAUGAGAAUUGUAUCAAGACCAUCAUCACUGAAUUUCAUGUACUAUGUUAAUGCUUGGAGUACGUUAAUAUUUAUUCCACUAUUGUUUAUAAACUAUGAAGGUUGGAGAUUUGUACAGUUUUGCAUUAAGCACUAUGAAGUUGGUUAUUAUAUGGCUAUUACUGUUUUAAUGGGAACAGCUGGUCAAUAUUUUAUAUCAACGAUGAUAUCAACUUACGGUUCAUUACCAUUAGCUAUAGUAACUACUUUAAGAAAAUUCUUAACAAUUUUAUUUUCAUCCUUAAUUUUUGGAAAUGUUCUAAACACUCGACAAUGGGUAGCUUCUAUUUUAAUUUUUACAGCUCUUAUUUUAGAUGCAUUAUUUGGUAAGAAAAAAUUAAUUAUUAAUAAGACUGAACCAGUAAUAAAAGAAGAGUCUACAAUUAAAGAAAACGUACCAAAAGGAGUCGCAUGA